AUGUGCCAAGAAUGGAAUGGUCCCUGUCAAUUUACGGUUUGUCACCGCUCUCGUCACUCUUGUUUCUCCUCCUCCAUUCAAACUCGCAAGCUUCCAGCUGCAACACACGCUCCUUCAAUGUCUUCCAUUCACGACCAAGAGAAACAGGCCGCUGAGCAGGCUUUACUUGAAGUCAAGCUCCCGUCAUCGUCAUCCUCAGCGUCCCUGGAACUUCCCUCGCCCAUUUCAGCACAGCAACCAAAGGCGACCCCUACUUCGGCCAAAUACAAGCUCUCUGCAACAGCGGUGGUCCCGGUCUGGAUUGUCCUGAGUUCGGCGGUUAUCAUAUAUAACAACUACUUGUACAACACUCGCGCAUUCAAGUACCCAGUAUUCCUGGUGACAUGGCAUCUCACGUUCGCCGCUAUCGGAACCCGCGUCUUGCAACGUACGACGAACCUAUUGGAUGGCGCAAAGGAUGUGCAUAUGUCGAAGGAUAUGUUUGUUCGCUCAAUAUUGCCUAUUGGCCUUCUGUUCUCUGGCAGCUUGAUCCUCAGCAAUACCGCUUAUCUCUACUUGAGCGUGUCAUAUAUCCAAAUGCUCAAGGCCUUCACACCUGUCGCAAUCCUUCUCAUUUCGUGGACCUUCCGCAUUCAAGAUCCUAACAAGAAGCUUGCCAUUAUCGUUCUUAUGAUCUCCUCUGGCGUCGCAUUGGCCUCCCAUGGAGAACUGCGUUUCAACCUCAUUGGCUUUAUCGUUCAAGCCGCUGCUGUUGCCUUUGAAGCCUCUCGCCUUGUCAUGAUCCAAAUUCUCCUCCAUAACCUCAAGAUGGACCCGCUUGUAUCACUCCACUACUACGCACCGGUGUGCGCAGCCAUCAACCUCGUCUUCCUUCCAUUCACAGAAGGUCUCGCCCCAUUCUACGAGCUUCAAAACCUUGGUGUCUUCGUACUGUUCAGCAAUGCCUCAGUGGCUUUCUUGCUGAAUGUUGCGGCCGUUUUCCUUGUUGGCGUGGGCAGUGGACUUGUCCUCACCCUUGCUGGUGUCUUCAAGGACAUUCUGCUUAUCACAGGAUCAGUUCUCAUAUUUGGGUCAACGGUUACACCCCUGCAAGUGUUCGGAUACUCCAUCGCCUUGGGAGGCCUCAUCCUCUUCAAGACCUCAGGAGGCAAGUGA